AUGGCCUCCAAGAAGACCAAAGCUCCCGCCGCUGGCGACGACAUCGACGACCUCUUCGAGGGCAUUGGCGGCAAUGCUGCUGCUGCUGCCGCCCCCAAGAAGUCCCUCGAGAAGAAGGCCGCCAAGCCUACUACCGCUGCUUCCAAGGCAAUGGCCGACCAGGACAUUCUCGCAGAGCUCGAAAAGGACCUCGAGCAGCCUUCCCGCCCGCACACGCCCCGUAUCAAGGAGACCGCCGCCAAGGCCCCUCCUCGACGCUCAGCGACACCCACCACCGACGACAAGGCUGCUGCCCCUCGCAAGUCCACCGACAGCGCCAGAUCCCUCCGCGCGAGCUUCACCCCGAGCGCCACCAGCUCCGACCUUCAAGAGACCGAGAGGAAGCCCGCCGAGCAACCUUCUGCUGCCUCCACUUCAGCUGCUGCCGCCGCCGCUCCCGCUGCCGGGGGUGGCUGGUGGGGAAGCGUCUUCUCUACCGCAUCUGCUGCUAUGAAGCAGGCCGAGGCCGCUGUCAAGGAGAUCCAGAAGAACGAGGAGGCCAAGAAGUGGGCGGAGCAGGUUCGAGGAAACGUUGGUGGUUUGAGAGCACUCGGGGACAACCUCCGCCAGCAAGCACUCCCGACCUUCACAAACAUCCUCCACACCCUCGCUCCGCCGAUCAGCUCCCACGAACGCCUGCUCAUUCACAUCACCCACGACAUGGUCGGAUACCCCUCCCUCGACCCCUUGAUCUACGGCACCUUCUCGCGCGUCAUGUCCCAGGUCGAGGGCGGCGAGUUGAUGGUCAUCCAGCGUGGCCAGGAGAACACGAGCAGGAGGUACUCCAACGACGGAGGGGCGGGCUGGAAAGAUGGCCCCUGGUGGAGGCAGGCCGACUCUCCGCGAGACCUUGGUAUGAUUAAGGGACUCACCGAGGGCACCAAGCUCUGCCGCGCUGGCGCCGAGGGCUACGCCAGCGAGUACUUUGCCGCCCAUGGUGGUCUGGAGCAGGCCAAGAUCCGCGCCACGGAGGGACUGAGCGAGGAGAACCCGGUGCGCAGCUCCGACCUGUUCCUGGCCAUCCAGGCUGUAGGCACCACUUCCGACUCUGCUCUGUUCGCCCGCACUUCGGCCGUUGAGAAGGAGAAGGAGGCUUCGGCGGUGGCUGAACAGGACGAGACGGACGAGAUGGUUUGCUUCGCCGUCUUCUGCCUGGACCCCGUCCACGACAUCGAGUUCUCGGCCAUCAGCCAGUCGAUCCCGGCCAAGUGGAUCCAGUGGUUGGAUGCUUCCAACCCGCUCACUCCCGCCAGUGGUGAGGACGGUCAGGAUAUCUCAUCGAACCAGUCGAUUCCCGACGAGAUUCGCGAGAUCGUCGAGGGCGGUGGCGUCGACCCCCGCGAGUGGGUUGCGGAGUGGAUCGAGGAGCUGCUAGGCCUCGCCGUUGGUGUCGUCGCUCAGAGAUACGUUGCACGGAGAAUGGGUGUCGGUGAGGGUGGCCUCGGUAAGGGCAAGAGACGCAUGGACGAGCUCGUCGAGGACGGCGCCGGCGAGGCUGCCCGGGCCGGACUCAUCUGA